ACAUUCACUGUUUUUUCUAACAUGUGUUUCUUCUUUGAGUUUUUUUUUUUAGUCUUUCUUUAAGUAUAGAAAAAUGGAUAGUUGAAUUGAAUGAUUUUGUGUGUGAAACUUGCAAUCGAUAAUUUGAAAGAUAUUGGCAUUGAGAAUCUGUCAUUUGAAUUUCUUUCUAAACGCUGCUUAGGCGAACUUGGUAUGGGAGUUGUGACCGUUUCUAGCUCAGCUGCUCGGUCUCCACUAGGAUUGAAUACAAAGUUUUCAACUCACCAUACUGUAUUGAAGAGACCGAUAAUUGUAGCAUUUAAAGGAGAUAAACAGAAUGACACAGCUUUGGUUACAACUCAAGAGAAAAUUCCGACGCAAGUUAAAACAAAGACGCACAAAAAAAGGAUAGCGAAAACCAAUAAACUACCUAAGAAAGAAAAAGCUGUCUUCACUGAGGAAAAUUUUCCUUCUUCAUUGGAUGUGGACUACAACGAAGCUGCUGCCAUACUUGAAAAUAUAUACAAACUUAGUCCGCCAUCCGAUGCAUUUGAUGUAGAUUAUAUAAAAAGUAAGAUCAAAAGAGUCUCUCGAAGGGGUAAGAAGAUCGAUGAUGUAAGUAAAGAGGAGUUAAACGAUGAUAGGGUGGUUAGAAGCCAGAAAACAAAAGCCAAACGGAUGAAUCUUGAUGAGAGGAUUGCGUUAAAAACAACCGACAAUAGUGAAGAUGUCAUUCCAACUAGGAAAAAAAGAAAUGGAAGGAAUAGAAUUGAGAAGAUUGACGAACUUCUUAGGGAAUAUUCAGCACCAGCUAGUUUGGUCAGUCUGGACUGGAAAAAAAUGAAAAUACCUCCAGUUCUUCCUAAUUCCGAGCAUGCAUUUUUGUUCAAGUUGAUGCAACCGAUGAAGGCACUUCUUCAAGUGAAAGACGAUUUAGAGAAGGAGCUAUCAAGAGAACCUACAGAGGAGGAAAUAGCUGAUGCAACAAACAUGCGCACUACUAAAGUAAAGAAAGCAAUAGAGGUUGGUCGAGCUGCAAGAAACAAGCUGAUAAAGCACAACCUCCGGCUUGUCUUGUUCGUGAUCAACAGAUACUUUUCCGAUUUUGCUAAUAGCCCGAGGUUCCAAGAUCUUUGUCAGGCAGGAGUUAAGGGACUUAUAACAGCAAUUGAUCGUUUUGAGCCAAACCGGAAAUUUCGGCUUUCAACCUACGGUUUGUUUUGGAUAAGACAUGCUAUCGUUCGUUCCAUGACCCUUUCAAGCUUCUCGCGGGUUCCCUUUGGACUUGAGUCGGUUAGAGCAGAGAUCCAAAGAGCUAAAAGUGAGUUAACAUUUAAGCAUCAAAGGCCACCAACGGAGGAAGAAAUAAUAGAAAGAGUUCACAUAUCCCCUGAAAGAUACCGUGAUGUAACGAAGGCAUCACAACCUAUUCUUUCACUGCAUUCGAGACAUAUAACCACGGAAGAAGAGUUUAUCAAUGGUGUCGUUGAUGAUGGCGGUCUUGAUGGUGAUAAUAGGAGGCAACCUGCUUUACUAAGGCUUGCUCUUGAUGACGUGCUUGAUUCGCUGAAGCCUAAGGAGAACUUGGUGAUCAGACAGAGAUUUGGACUUGAUGGUAAGGGUGACAGAACAUUGGGAGAGAUUGCGUCAAACUUGAACAUCUCUAGAGAAAUGGUGAGAAAGCACGAAGUCAAGGCUCUCAUGAAGCUCAAACUUUCAGCUCGAUUGGAUUAUCUUCGUCGUUAUGUUGUAUAAAUCAGCUAAUUUAUAUGAUUCUGUUACAGAAACACUUGUGCUUGUGGUUAUUCGACCUUACCUAGUCACAAAGUAGAGUGAUGAUUCGCAUCACCGGCCAUUUAAAUACUCACAAUCAUGAUCAUAUUUCAUAAGUAAUUUGUAUACUAUAGACUUGAAAUUGCACAAUGUACAUAAUCACCUACACGUUACAUGUAAUGUGUCUUCUUUCGAUG